ACUGAAGGGAAAACAAAUUUAAAUAACAGUGAAUAAAAAUUGUAGUCUGAAUGGACGAGGUGAAGGAAUGAAUGAACAAUUCAAUGAACAACAAGUGUCUGAGGAUGUGAACAAGUAAAUGUUAACCAGCAGAAUGGUUGAGAUACGGUAGUUCAUGAAUACGAAAUUAACGAAAUCAUACCAUGUUCUGACGUAGCGGAAUUCUCAAAUUCAAUGUUUAUUUACCUGACGGAACAGAAAACAGUUAGUUUAAAACCUCCAGCUGACAGUGGCUAACAUUUAAUGAAUUCACAAAUCCCCAUGCUAUGUUGUGGAUGCCACUGAACUGGUGUAUACUUUUUGUCAGUCUGGUCGUCGCCGAGUCGCGGAAGGCCAGAGUUGAUCAUGAAUUUCUUUGUACCAGAGAUAAAAAUAAAAUUCUUCUUUCGCUGCUGGCCGACUUACACACAAGGAUAAAAUUACACGAGAUUAUCGGCAAAGAAAUCCAGGAAUAUAAGGAUUUGAUGAGAUCAGGCAUUGAAAACACAUCAUCCAAGUCUGAUCAAAUCCUGGAAUCUUCUUUAAGUGAGUUCCUUCCAAACUCUGAAAAUAUCUGGUCAGUCCUCGCUACUCUAUUCCCCGAGGAAGAUGGGGAAAAAGAAACAAGCGAGGUUUUCGAUUCUAUUAAUGGAAAGAAAACUGGUUACAUAACAUCAUGGAAAACGUAUACGUGCAGCUGGAGAUUUGGAUGUCUGGUCGUUUGUCUCCUAAUAACAUUUAAAAGAGAUUAUUUUUGGAAAAGAAAAUUAGAAAGCGUCUCUCGAAUGGAUGUAUCUGUCCAGUGUUGUAUGGUGGACUGGCCAGAGGAGGUUUCGUUUGUCCCGUACUUUGCUCCUCUACGCGAGGAUGACUUAGAAACUGAUGCCCUGGGUCGAAAAUGUCCAAACUUUUAUAGUCUGCCAGGAGAGGAUAAGAAAUACGAACUCAUCAGAAAGUUGUCAAAACACUUGGCCGUGGGAGAAGCCAUGGAUCGAGUGGGGAUACUUCUGGGGUUGACGGCAACGAAUAUUUGCAUAAUUAAGCAGGACUACCGAGGGGAUUCCAUAGAGAUAGCAUACCAGUGCUUGAAAAAGUGGACGGAGAUCAGACCGAGCGAGGGAUGCAGAGAGCUUCAGGACGCCAUAGUAAGGGCUGGCCUGGGUGGUAUUCUUCGCCGAGUUUCGUUUUAGUGGAACCCCCGGCUUUAUAUUCAGUAUUGAAGACAUGCAUACGCUCUAAUUUCAACAAAGCACAGUUUUUACUGUUGGUAUAGUUUAGCUUAAAUAUUUGAUGGACAGUGAAUGUAUUCUCUGUUGUUGGGUGUUAUACACUAAACGAAACAAAUUAUAACAUAUAAAAUCGUGAAAUCUGAUGGUAAAUCCUGUUUUUUAUGUAAAACAUGCCUAUUGAAUUAGUCUUUAUUACACCUAUAAUUCGAUACCCCCUUUAUACAAAAUACGUUUUUUUUUUUAUAAACAUGGUUUCAUUUUGUUUACUUUUUGGCCUCUAAUCAAGAUCUUUCCUCCGGGUUCUGUAAGUCUUAAAGUAUGAAAUACGCUUCUCUUAACAGCGACCCGUAUAUCAGUAAAUAUUUUAAAAUACAUUUUAAUUCUUUGCGAAGCUGUUGUGGUUUAGGUUGUUAUGACGAUUUUAGUCUAAGAUUCCAAAAUCUGAGCAACUACACUUGUCACACGACUUGAAUAUAUGAGGUUUCAAUGACUUUCGAAAAAAAUAUUUUUAAAGCCAAAGCACUUCAUUGCAAAAAUGCUACACUUAUAAAUACUAUAAUUAUUGCGUAUGUAUGGUGCAUUUGUUUGUUUUUCAUGACGUUUCAUAUGAAAUCAAUAAUCUUUGAAACCGAGAAAACCUUAUAUCGAUGAUACAUUAUGCUUAUAUCAGAAUGUUUAUGCAUUAUAUAUGACACUAUUUGGAAUUUUAUUACGUUUCUAAAGAGAAUGAAAAUCUUCGAAACCGAGAAAACCUUGUAUUUAUGAUACAUUAUGCACUGGCGACAUUUGCUUGUUUUUCAGUGGUAUAAUGCUGUGAUAUAUGAAAACUGUUUGGAUUUUUUAUGACGUUUCUAAGGAAAAUCAAAUACCUUAGAAACUGAAGAAAUCUUUGUAUUUUUUAUGAAUAUCUAUUCAAUUUUCCUACUUGAACUUUAUUAAAUAGCUAUGUUUGGUUUUCUAUGACGUUUCUUAAAGAAACUGGGUUUCCUUUGAAGCCUAGUAAAAAUAUCAUUAAAUUCAUAUGUUUAUUUUACUUGAGUUAUAUGUUGACAUGUAUUCUCUAUUAUAUUUUGUGGAACAUAAGCUGUGUAGCUGUAGGUUGCUUCUUAUGACGUUUGCUGAGAAAACCAAUCUCUUUAACCGAAGAAACAUUUUUGAAUAUUUAUGUAUCAUGUUAAUCAUGACCAUGUUUACUCACGAUUAUCUUGUUACUUUUUAAUUUAUACGAAGAAAAUUCAUUGCUAUCAUUUUAUCUAUAAAGAAGAAUGUUUGUGUAGCAGGUUAUAUCCCGAUAAAUCGAUUUGUUAUUUGUUUUGUUCAUCCAUGAAAGACACUUGGACAUGUUUAACAAGAUGUCGUUUUUACACAAGAUGUGCGAGGCAUUGUAUCAUAUUUGUCAUGACGUUUUGGAAUGUCCAACAUUCCAUAUCCGAACAAAUAAAAGUUGCUGUUAUAGUUUUAACGA